UUGGCAACAUCGACUUUUCUUUGCCAUCCAUCGGCGUUUCGAAAAUUUUCUGAAUUUUCUUCCGUUGCUUGAAUUAGCGGCAAAACUAACUUUUAUUAAAUAUUUUAAAAGCUAAAUUAUUAUAAUUUAUUAACAUCGCAAAUAAUAAAGCCAUGGAAGAAGCUGAGCAAGAAAACACAAGUGGCCAAACAGAAACAGUUUCUAAAGAAGCAGUUACAGAUGAUUCUCAAAAGAAAGCAAAUGCUGUGGAAAAAGAUAUAUCGGGUGAAACUGCAUCUAAAAAGCCCAGAGUAGAUUAUAAUGUUAUGCCUACUCGACCUUAUUUGGAUGCAACGGUUGUGCCUAUUUUACUUCAAGCCCUCUCUGCUCUUGCAAGGGACAGGCCUGCUGAUCCAAUUCAGUUCUUAGCUGACUUUUUGAUUAGAAAUAAAGCACAAUAUUCACAGACGAUUGAGUUACCUGAAGGUACAUCAAGCUGAAUUUCCUGCUUCUGAUUUAUAAAAUCAGAUUAAAGUUUUAUCAUUGCAGUUUCAUUUGUAGUUUGAUUUUUUUUUCAUUUUUCAUAUUAAAGAAAAAAGACGCAAGCCUCAGUGCCUGUGAAGUCUUUUACUAUUUAAUUUCACCAUCUAUGUUAGUUUAUUUAUGUUUCAAAUUUUGUUUUUAUUUACUUACUGGUGGUUAUACUAAGUUCCAUACAUGUUUUCAAUAAACAUUCAUCCAAAUUGGC